UUUUUUAUUUCAACAGAGUGAGCAAUUGAUUCGAUUUUUAAAGGAUGGAACGCCGAUAUAUGAUUUGGAUUUGGCUCACUCUUGGAUUUGGCUUUUUUAAUUAUGGAUUUAAUUAAGGUUUUUUGAAAAUUUUUUGGGGAAUUUUGAAAAGGGUCAACUUCUUUCAAAUUUUCCCUUACUCUGCUUCCGGCUAUUAUAUCAAUAAGGGUUUAUUUUUGGUAUAUAUAACGAAUAUAUGGCCGGUUUUAAGGCUACCGGGGAUGGAACUGAUGAACCGAUUUCACUGACCACGCCAGCUCCAUUUUUACAAUCCUAAUUUAUAGAUCUUAUUUGAAAGAUGACAGAACCAGUUCCAUCAUCUAGCAAACUUGGAAAAAAACCAAAAUGGUAUUUUGCGAACGAUGAGCUUGCUUGGCUUCCAUCCAGAAUGUCUAUGGAUUUGGCUGCUGAAAUUAAAUAUAGAAGAGAAGCUGCAGAAUUUAUUCAGUUUUGGGUUAACUGAUGACUUUGGCAAUUUUUUGGCGUUGCUUUGGAUACAUCAUGGCCUCAAAAACCAAAUUUAAAGUUUGCCUCCUCCACAAUUAAUGAUUACUUCUGGAAAUGCCGCAAUUAUCUCUUCUACAUCAACGCCACGCCAACAACAAGAUCUUCAUCA